AGUCACAGUAUUAUAACAUCUUAGCCUUCUUCAUUAGCUUGUACUCGAAUGUAUCAGCCAUAGGCAAGUGAGAGAUGCGGAGACCGUGACGAUAAGAAGUGAACUCCUCCUAAGCCAUUGUAUUUUUUUUCCUUUGUGGUGUUCCCUGACUUUAUAGGAAACUGGAUGGGAUCAUCUCUUGUCCGUCGCUAACAUGAAUCUUGGACUGCCGUUGAAACCUGGCUGUGAUGAAACACACCAGGUACCCCUGAGACUGAUAGUGAAAGAAGAGGACAUAAAAGAAGAAGAAUACGGACAUAUGAUUACAUGGCAAGAUGAAGAAGAAAAGCCCAUUGCAGAUCUUCACUGUAAAACGGAAUCAGACUUCACAGAGUCACUAAGCUCCACUUAUAAUGAAAUACUACAGACAACAGUGGAGGUUAAAGUGAAGAAAGAGGAGGAUAAGCAACAACACAACGAUUGUCCUCUGGAAAGUGCAUCAGAACAUCCAGAUGGAACACAACAAAAGAUCCAUGGACAGAAUGAUGAACUCAACCAGCAACUCAAUGGAAGGCCGUACCACUGCACAGUCUGCAGGGAGAGUUUCACAGUCCUGAGAGAACUCGAGGAACACCAGGAAACACACACUCUUAGUGUUAAUCAAAAGCAGAACACUGGUGAGAAGCUUCAUAAAUGUGUCCAAUGUGGAAAAGCAUUUACAUGUUCCUCAAAUCUUAAAACCCAUAUGUUAAUGCACACUGGAGAGAAGCCUCAUAAAUGUGCCCAGUGUGGAAAAGCAUUUUCACAGAUUUCAAAUCUUAAAAAACAUAUGCUAGUACACACUGGAGAGAAGCCUCAUACAUGUACAGAGUGUGGGAAAACAUUUGCAUACCCUUAUGCCCUCAAUAGACAUUUUCUAAUACACACUGGAGAGAAGCCUCAUAAAUGUGCCCAGUGUGGAAAAGCAUUUUCAUCGGUUUCAGAUCUUCAAAGGCAUAUGCUAAUACACACUGGAGAGAAGCUUCACAAAUGUGCCCAGUGUGGAAAAGCAUUUUCAUCGGUUUCAAAUCUUCAAGCCCAUAUGGUAAGACACACUGGACAGAAGCUUCAUGUAUGUGCCCAGUGUGUAAAAGCAUUUUCACACAUUUCAGAUCUUAAAAUCCACAUGCGAAUACACACUGGAGAGAAGCCUCAUAAAUGUGCCCAGUGUGGAAAAGCAUUUUCACGCAUUUCAGAUCUUAAAAUGCACAUGCGAAUACACACUGGAGUGAAGCCUCAUAAAUGUGCCCAGUGUGGAAAAGCAUUUACAUGUUCCUCAAGUCUUCAAAGGCAUAUACUAAUACACACUGGAAAGAAGCGUCAUGUAUGUGCCCGGUGUGGAAAAGCAUUUAUACAGAUUUCAAGUCUUAAAACCCACAUGUUAACACACACUGGAGAGAAGUCUCAUAAAUGUGCCCAGUGUGGAAAAGCAUUUUCACAGAUUGCAGAUCAUAAAAGGCAUAUGUUAAUACACACUGGAGAGAAGCCUCAUAAAUGUGCCCAGUGUGGAAAAGCAUGUUCACAGAUUUCAAAUCUUAAAACCCAUAUGUUAAUACACACUGGAGAGAAGCCUCAUAAAUGUGCCCAGUGUGGAAAAGCAUUUUCACAGAUUUCAAGUCUUAAAACCCAUAUGUUAACACACACUGGAGAGAAGCCUCACAAAUGUGCCCAGUGUGGCAAAGUAUUUUCACGCGUUUCACAUCUUAAAACCCAUAUGUUAAUACACACUGGAGAGAAGCCUCAUAAAUGUGCCCAGUGUGGAAAAGCAUGUUCACAGAUUUCAAAUCUUAAAACCCAUAUGUUAAUACACACUGGAGAGAAGCCUCAUAAAUGUGCCCAGUGUGGAAAAGCAUUUUCACAGAUUUCAAAUCUUAAAAAUCAUAUGCUAGUACACACUGGAGAGAAGCCUCAUACAUGUACAGAGUGUGGGGAAAUAUUUGCACACCUUAAUAACCUCAACAGACAUAUGCUAAUACACACUAGAGAGAAGUCUCUUAAAUGUGCCCAGUGUGGAAAAGCAUUUACCUGUUCCUCAAGUCUUAAAAUCCACAUGCGAAUACACACUGGAGAGAAGCCUCAUUAAUGUGCCCAGUGUGAAAAAGCAUUUUCACAGAUUUCAAGUCUUAAAACCCAUAUGUUAACACACACUGGAGAGAAGCCUCACAAAUGUGCCCAGUGUGGCAAAGUAUUUUCACGCGUUUCACAUCUUAAAACCCAUAUGUUAAUACACACUGGAGAGAAUUCUCACAAAUGUGCCCAGUGUGGAAAAUUAUUUUCACAGAUUUCAAAUCUUAAAAGACAUAUGCUAAUACACACUGGAGAGAAGCCUCACAAAUGUGCCCAGUGUGGCAAAGUAUUUUCACGCGUUUCACAUCUUAAAACCCAAAUGUCAAUACACACUGGAGAGAAGCCUCAUAAAUGCAGACCUGACAACUAGUCCAGGCAAAGUAGCGUUGUACGACAGACUA